CUUACGUCAGUGGUGAGCGCGCGCUGCGACCGCACACACGUAAGUACGCGGCGGCGGCGGCGGCUCUACGACAUCGAUUCAUCUCGUGCUUCGAUAACAUCGAUUACACUCGACGUGUGUAUGUGAUACGUAAUACAUAAAGGAUUUUGUAAAUAAUCGUGUUCGAACAAAAAAUGUGAGCGGAUCAAAGUCGGUGUCCGCUGCCCACCUGUACCUGCGCCUGAUAAUUAAUUAGUGUUGAUAAAUAAAUGUAAAUGGGGCGAAGACGACGCAGAGACUACCAAUGGGGAUCAUGCGUAGGCUCGUGUGCGCACGGAGGCCGCUGCGUGCGGGGCGCGGGCGCCGGGGAGGGAGGGGCGUGCGCGUGCGCCGGCGCGUGGGGCGGCCCGCGCUGUCAGCACUACGUCGGCUACGACCAUGCCUGUCUGUCUGCCGCCUGCCCACCUCCCACCGUCUGCAUCUGGAGACCUUCGAAUAACCCGUCCGAGCCGGGCACGCCGUUCUGCGCGUGCGGCGAGGGCCUGCAGUGCGCGGGCGGGGCGAGCGCGGAGAGCGGGGGCGGUGCGGCGUGGGGAGCGGGGCUGCUGGCGCUGCUGGCGCUGCUGGCCGCGCUGCUGGCCGCGCUGUACGUCGUGCACAGGAGGCGCCACGGCGCCUUCGUGCACGCGCGGCUGGCGGAGGGCGCGGAGGCGCUGGAGAUCAGCAACCCCAUGUACCUCGCCGGGGACGACGACCGCGACGCGCCCGCGCAGAACGGUGGCAAUCAUUUCGCGAACCCAAUAUACGAGAGUAUGUACGCGCCGCAAGACAACAACCCCCCCGAGGAGCAGGCGUCGUUGCUGGAGGCGGCGCCCGAACGCGCCGCGCUGCUGUGAGCCGGCCGGCUGCCGGCCACCGGACGCCGGCGACCGGAUGCCGUCGACCUGGCGGGAGCUUAGUAUCUAGUGAUUUUACUUCUUAAUGUUCUCGAACUUUUUGAGGUUGUAAAAUGUCGUUCAUUUGUAAAGAGAAUCCUAAAUAUUUAAGUACAAUCUAGUGUGUAAGCGCAACAUAAGUACACACGACUUAAUAUUGUUCUCGAAAGAUUCAACACGAGGCGUCGCAAUGCGCGCUCCGCCUCAUUCGUAUGUAACCGACGAUAAGUUAAAUGUGCGUAAUUGCACUAAAUUUGUGCCAAAUUGAAUUUGCUCUAAUAGCUUACUGAAGCUCAUAAUGUGGAGUUACAAUCAUAAGGUCUACUGUCGGUCCACUUGAGAUCAGUGCCCUUGCCGCGGUCGA